AUGGCUGAAGAAAACGACACCAGGAUCACAGAGUUCGUUUUCACAGGGUUGAAGUACCAUCCCCGAGUGCAGGUCCUCCUUUUCUUGCUCUUCUUGCUGUUUUACCUGAUCACUGUGACAGGAAACCUGGGCAUGAUUAUUCUCAUACGGAUCGACUCACGGCUUCACACACCCAUGUACUUUUUUCUCAGCCACCUGUCUUUUGUGGACAUCUGUUUUUCCUCAGUGGUUGGCCCCAAGAUGCUCACCGACUUCUUCGAAGAAAGGAAAGUCAUCUCUUUCCUGGGAUGUGCCUUGCAGCAGUGGUUCUUUGGGUUCUUUGUGGCCACUGAGUGCCUUCUCUUGGCGUCCAUGGCCUAUGACCGCUAUGUGGCCAUCUGCAACCCAUUAUUGUAUUCAGUUGUCAUGUCCCAGAGACUCUGUGUCCAGCUGGUGGCUGGUCCCUAUGUCAUUGGGUUCAUGAACACGAUGACUCACACAAUGAAUGCAUUUCGCCAACCUUUCUGUGGCCCCAAUGUUAUCAAUCAUUUCUUCUGUGACAUAUCUCCUCUUCUCUCUCUUGUAUGUGCUGAUAUAUGGAUUGAUAAGUUGUUGGUGUUCAUUGUGGCUGGAGCUGUGCUUGUUGUCAGUAGCCUGACCAUUACAAUCUCCUAUUUUUAUAUCCUUCUUGCCAUUCUGAGGAUCCGAUCCACUGAUGGGAGAUAUAAAGCCUUUUCCACCUGCUCUUCCCACAUCACAGCGGUUUCCAUCUUGUACGGCACUCUCUUCUUUAUCUAUGUGCGUCCAGGUGCCAUAUUCUCUCUAGAUCUCAAUAAAGUGGUAGCCGUGUUCUACACGGCCGUGAUUCCCAUGCUGAACCCCCUCAUCUACAGCCUGAGAAAUAAAGAGGUGAAAGAUGCCAUGCAUAGGACGAUCAGCAGGAGGAAGUUUUGCAUCAAAAAGUGA